AUUUAUCUCUAAUACGGAACAUUUAUUCAGUUUGGAAUAGGAGAUGCUUAGUGAAAGUCGAGAAAAUGAUUGUUAUAUUUUUAAUCUGCAAAAUAUUGGUUGUUGCCGUGAUUGCUCAAUCAAGUGAAGAAAACACCUGUAGUCCAAAUACUUGCCGAAAUGGUGGAAUGUGCUUAAACAAGGUUUAUUGCUUUUGCAAGGAUGGUUUUUCCGGAGAUAAUUGUGAAAUAGCACUCAAUUCCACAACUGUAUCAGUGAGUGACGAUGGUUCGGAUUCAACUGAAAAUGUUCGGAUAUCUUCAAACAGCGUACUAACAUCUAUAGAAGCCUCGAACUCUUCAGAAAAUGCAACGGAAAGUCUCUCUUCAAUAAUUGGAACAGCAAAUUCUUAUGAAUCAUCUUCACUAGCCUUUACUACAUUAACAAAUUCUGCAUUGAACACUGAUUCUUCCACCAAUGAAGGAGCAACAUCAACAGAUUCUUCACUGAGCAAUGAUUCUUCCACUGAUGUGAGAGCAACAUCAACAAAUUCCAUAUUAAUCACUGAUUCUUCCACCAACAACGGAACAACAUCAACAGACACCUCGUUGAGCACUAAUUCCUCUGAUCAAAAAGGUGCAACAACAACAGCAACUGCUCAAAAUUCUGAUUCGACUUCUGCACCACGGUCAUCAUUUGAAGACACAUCACAAUCUAUUAGUAAGGAAAAUAAAGCGUCCACACCAUACGAGGAUAAAGGUAUUAGUCCCGAGGAGAAACCUGAAACCUCAACAGUGGUAUGUGUUCCAAAUCCAUGUCAAAACGGAGGUAGUUGCUACAGCCAAUACGAUGAGGAAUACGAGCGUAAUUACGUAUGUGCAUGUGACGGGCCAUUUUCGGGAUUAAACUGUGAAAAAUUGACAGCUAAACCUUCUAAAACAACAACUGAAGUCAGCAAACACACCUUUAGCUCUUCUUUUAUCACACUGUGCUCAACUGACCCAAACAAUUCAAUAGAAUCUACUUCCAGUAGAAAUAUAUCAUCUAGUUCAACGGAUUUUAACAGUGAAAGAACGCCAGUUACUCAUGAAGAAGGAUUGACAAGAAACUUAGAAAAUUCUACAGAUUCAACUGAAGGACUUCAGACAAAUGCGACUACUUCGUUCCGGGAGCUGACAAAUGAUUUGGCACAUUCGACAGAUUCAACUGAAGAAUUUCAGACAAAUGCGACUACUUCGUUCCAAGAGCUGACAACUGAUUUGGCAAAUUCAACAGAUUCAACUGAAGAACUUCCGACAAAUGCGACUACUUCGUUCCGAGAGCAGACAAAUGAUUUGGCAAAUUCGACAGUUUCAACUGAAGAAUUUCAGACAAAUGCGACUACUUCGUUCCAAGAGCUGACAAAUGAUUUGGGAAAUUCCAUAGAAUCAACCGAAGAACUUCAGGCAAAUGCAACCAUUUCAUUCCUAGAACUGAACCUAACUACAGCUUCAACUACACAAAAAGUUUCUUUUCAGUCAACUUAUUUUUCCUUGUCUUCUGAACAGAAUACCUUAUCCAGCAGUACGGGAAACGAAGAAAAAAUCACCUCGUUUGUAAUGUCGAGUACUGAUGACACACCCACACCACCGUCAACUACUGAUGAAGUAGAUUCGACAGCUACCCUCUACGAUUUUCCGAAUACAACCAGAUCAACAAAAGGCACAGGAAGAAAUAAAGACAAUGGAGUGCAUGCUGCAGCCUAUGCUGGGAUCGGUAUAUUAUCUUUGGCAAUGAUUCUGAUUUUGACAGCCGGUGUCAUUUAUUCCAAAAAGUACAGAGAAAGAAAAAGAAUGCGGCUUUUUGCAAAUGUUUUAGGUGAAGAUUCUUCAAGCAUUAACAGUGGAAGCAAUUGCAGUUUCGCAUAACAUAGAGACGUGUGACCACGCACUGGUUUACAGCUGACAGUAGUGCCGCAGUUGCGUACAUGACUAUUGUCACCAUAAGUUUCCCUGGAAUUUCGCGUUUUUAGAAGAAGAGCUGAAAAUUCUCGAGAAUGAAAAGAAGCAAAGCCCUUCCCCUAUGCUGUUUUCACACUAAUUGCUACAGCAAUGGAAUCUUUGUCGAUUUUCUGCAUACGUCAUUGGGCGUUUUUGGUUCUUCAUACUUCAUUAGUCAUAACUAACUUAAUACGCCCUCGCCUUCCUACUUACUCAUUGGCUAUCAUUCGUACUAUCAUUAAAUAUUACUUUCAGUCAAAGGAUUAUGAUUGGUUGAGUUCUCUUUGACGUUAUUUUAAACUUCUGUAAUUGACGAGUCGAACCGCACCAUGCUACGGACACUCGCUGGUUGGAUAAAUUUACUUUAUUUACCAGUUUGUUGGCACUCUCAGCUUCAAUGGGAAUCGUCUGCUUCCCGUCCGGUUUAUUCUCUCGCCCAGACUCAGACGUAUAAGCUCUAAAACGAACAAAUCUGUGAUUUCUGGAUGUGACAACUGGGCUUUCUGUUCAAUUGCAUGUUGAUAUAUCUUUGUCGUAUGCGCACUGCUUACAGUAACAGUUGAUUACGUCGCCGUUAUCUCGCCACCGUCGCAAUGUGUGUGAAAUCAGCAUUAUUGUAGUUGGGACUGGUGAAAGUGUUUACGUGUUUCAGCUUUGCAUUUAACGUACUGACUUCAUCACUUUACGGUUAUCAUAUCAUGGAUAACAAUUUCUGACUUACAGUCAUUGUAAUGUUGCAUCAAGUAAAAUUUAUGUAGACUUUUUUUUAAUAAAAUG